AUGGCAGCAGUGUCCUCUACGUCCCGCGUGCAUGAUGUCGAGUCUGUGGCUGCCGUGCGCGAGUUCUUGCAGGCUGCCGUUGCGCUCUAUCGCGAUGUGCUCGCACUUUAUCACGAUGGUGAUGCUUCCGGUGAAGGCAGUGCUGUCAUGCCGGAUGACCUCCUGAGUGCUCAUCAUGCUCGGCUGAGAGAUUCUGUUCAGGCGCUUGCCAGUGUCCAGCCUGUUGCCGUUGCUGAUAUGCCUCAUCCUCUGACUACUGUACCGGGAGCCUGCUACAAAGUUGGACAAGACCUUGUGUUGCAUCUUGAUAGAGCCAUCAGCCCAAACCAUGAAUCCCAAUCUCAGCCUGGAUCCAGCUUCCGUGACCUGUGGCCCGCUCGCGAUGUUGCUGCUCUGGGAGCACGGCUUCAGCACCUGAGCCAGCAAUUUCAUGAUGACAUUGAUCACACUUUUGAGGUCCGCCGGCUGCCACUUCUCGAGUUCGUCGCUGCGGGUGAACAAAAGGACGUUUGGGGUGAAAACAAAGAUGCUUUGCAACAAGAAGAGCCACAAGAACAGGAAAAAGAACAGCCAAAGAUGAGACGCAUCAACAUCGUGCCGGGCGACAAUGUAUACAUCGAGGUUCCCAUUAGAAAGCGAGCAACGCCUGAUUCUAUCGUGCACGACUAUAUCCUCGACGUUCUCUCCUACAAGAGCAUGCAUUACAGAGAGCAGGAGGUGACAAAGGCGCAUAGCAAGACGUUUGAAUGGGUCUUUCAACAUUCAUCGCCUGAGGACGCUGAGGGAGCAGAGCACCAAUUUUCGACGUGGCUCCGAGGAGAAGAACUUGGUCCCAUCUAUUGGAUUACUGGAAAGCCUGGAUCUGGAAAGUCUACGUUUAUCCGAUUUCUCUUCGACCAUGAUUCUACAAUGAAGCGACUGAAAGUCUGGGCAAAGGGUAAGCCGGUCUUUACUGCAGGCUUCUUCUUCUGGACCAGCGGAUCUCAUGAACAACGUUCGCAGGCUGGUUUGCUGCGCUCUUUGCUUCAUCAAUUUCUCUCAGCAUAUCCGGAACUCACCUCAGCUGCGUUUCCACAUUUGUGGAAGAAGCUUAAAAGCAUGGAUACUAAAGAGCGAGUUGCUCUGGAGUUGGACUUUUCCAUUGCAGAUUUGUUGGAGGCGUUUCAAGCGGCGAUCGAUGCGGCGAUGCCUCAGAUGAAUAUUUGUCUGUUCAUUGACGGGUUGGAUGAGUUUGAAGGCGAUCAUUUGGCAAUUAUUGACUUUUUCAAGAAUUUGUGCCUGGGAGAAAAGGGCCAGUCGAUCAAGAUAUGCCUGUCGUCCCGACCGUGGGCUGUCUUUCAGAAUGCGUUUGAGUAUGCGGUGCCGAAUCUGAGACUACAGGAUCUUACUUAUGAAGAUAUGUAUCGGUACACCAAGGAUAGACUGCGGGAGAACACUCAUAUCAGACGCUUGCUAAAGAAUGAUGCGGCAGCUGGUGAGGAGUUGAUCCAGCAAGCAGUUCAAAAAUCGGAUGGAGUGUUUCUCUGGGUGAGACUCGCCCUCAACGAAAUGAUUCGUACCUUUCAUCAGGAGACCGGGCUCGCUGGUUUGUCAAAGACGGUUGAUAUCCUGCCAAUUGAGCUCAGUGAGCUGUUCAACCUGUUCUUCUUUGAGAAUCAAGAUGAAGCCAAGCUGGCCGAAGCGGCUGUCAUUUUCAGCCUCAUGAAUGCGCGAGAGCUCGUGGCUGAUUUCAUCUCGAAUGAUGCUGCGACUGCGCUUACUGUAUGGGAGCUUGCGUUUGCUCUUAGGGGCAGCGAUGACGAUGAGGCUGCGGUCAAGGAAGAGCCGAAGCAGGCAUCUCCCACUGUGGCAUACGAACGCUGUUUGGCGACAAUCAGCCUCAUUAUGAAACGGUUUUCUGGUCUUCUCGACGUUCAUGCCCGUCGUGCCUCUGGGAAUGCGCGAGGUCUCCGAUUCUCUGGCAAGGAAGAUCAUAUGGAUGAAGCCACUGACGCAGCUGAGCGGCGAGUGACUUACAUCCAUCGCACAGUCCGCGACUGGUUCAUGGAGGAGCCCGGCGUGAUGGCUCGUCUUGUGAGUAAGACGCCUGCGGACUUUGACCCCCACUUGCGACUGCUGCGAUCAUACGUGUUGCAGAUGAAGAAUUCGCUCGAGGAGAUUGAACAUCAUCGCCAGCUGGACGAAUGGUGGCCGGGCAUUGCGCUUGCUUUGACGCAUGCGAGAUACGUGCAGAAUGACCCGGAUCACCUUGAGCGGACCAUGGUGAAUGAAGUUGGCAAGACGAUUUCGUGGUAUUGGCUAUCCAAGCCGGAAGAUCCCUACGACCAUUGGGCAAGAUACGGAUUGGGGCCAUACCGGGUGUUUAAAUCCGCUGCGCCGUUGUGGCAGCCGUUUCUUUGCCUGACGACCAGAUUUGGUCUCACUAGAUACGUGGCAGAAGAAGUAGCGGCUCGCAAUGCCGCGGAGGAUGAAAUAUCAGCGGAGAAGAAGGAGCUUCAAACUUCGGAGUCGACUCCUCUGCUCGCCUACGCGACUGAGUUUCUCUGCUCCCGCAAAAAGACAAUCUUUCCUCUUUCGGAUAUCCAGCUGGUUGAAUUUCUCAUCCGCAACCAAUGUCGUAUCAAUCCAGGCCCGAAUCACGAUUACACCGAUUUUGAGACGCACAAGCCUCGCACGCCGUGGAUCACGCUGCUGCGCCAUUUGCGGGAUGCGCGCCGGAGGAACUGGAUCGAGUACUACGAUGUUGAUCAGCAGGGCACUGCGCGGUGGGCAGAGAUUGUCAAGUUGUUUCUGGUGGGAGGGGCGGAUAAGGAGGCGGUUGUUGUGAAGGAUAGCUGGGAUCCGGAGAGUACGGCUUUGGGGGUGCUGGAGUUGCUGGAGGGGACGUAUGGGGCUGUUGAGAUGAGGGAGUUGGUGAAGAUGUGGGAGUCGAGAGUGUGA